GCCUGGAAGAAGAGCCACCCUCCCGCCCGCCAGUCCCUGCUGGCUUCAGUGCCUGGACCACCCUCCCGGAGCUGCUGCUUCCCCGGGAGGUCUGGGUCUGCUGGCCACAGGGCCACGGCACAGCCUGGCACAGGCAGCUUGACCAGGACACCUGGUGGCUGUGGACCCUGCUCAGAGCGGCCCCCUUUGCCCUUGCCUGGUGGAGAAGCAGCCCCAUGAAGGUGCCCAGCCAUGCAAUGUUCCUGGAAGGCCGUCCUCCUCCUUGCCCUGGCCUCCAUCGCCAUCCAGUACACGGCCAUCCGCACCUUCACGGCCAAGUCCUUCCACACCUGUCCCGGGCUGGCGGAAGCGGGCCUGGCCGAGCGGCUGUGCGAGGAGGGCCCCACCUUUGCCUACAACCUGUCCCGCAAGACCCACGUCCUCAUCCUGGCCACCACCCGCAGCGGCUCUUCCUUCGUGGGCCAGCUCUUCAACCAGCACCUGGACGUCUUCUACCUGUUUGAGCCCCUCUACCACGUCCAGAACACGCUCAUCCCCCGCUUCACCCAGGGCAAGAGCCCGGCGGACCGGCGGGUCAUGCUGGGCGCCAGCCGGGACCUCCUGAGGAGCCUCUACGAUUGUGACCUCUACUUCCUGGAGAACUACAUCAAGCCGCCGCCCGUCAACCACACCACCGACAGGAUCUUCCGCCGCGGGGCCAGCAGGGUGCUGUGCUCGCGGCCGGUGUGCAGCCCGCCCGGCUCCGCGGACCUGGUGCUGGAGGAGGGUGACUGCGUGCGCAAGUGCGGCGUGUUGAACUUGACCGUGGCCGCGGAGGCCUGCCGGGAGCGCAGCCACGUGGCCAUCAAGACCGUGCGGGUGCCCGAGGUCAACGACCUGCGGGCCCUGGUAGAAGACCCGCGCUUAAACCUCAAGGUCAUCCAGCUGGUCCGCGAUCCGCGCGGCAUUCUGGCUUCCCGCAGCGAGACCUUCCGCGACACGUACCGGCUGUGGCGGCUCUGGUACGGCACCGGGAGGAAGCCCUACAACCUGGACGUGACGCAGCUGACCACGGUGUGCGAGGACUUCUCCAACUCCGUGUCCACCGGCCUCACGCGGCCCUCGUGGCUCAAGGGCAAGUACAUGUUGGUGCGCUACGAGGACCUGGCCAGGAACCCCAUGAAGAAGACCGAGGAGAUGUACGGCUUCCUGGGCAUCCCCCUGGACAGCCACGUGGCGCGCUGGAUCCAGAACAACACGCGGGGUGACCCCACCUUGGGCAAGCACAAGUAUGGCACCGUGCGGAACUCGGCGGCCACGGCCGAGAAGUGGCGCUUCCGCCUGUCCUAUGACAUCGUGGCCUUUGCCCAGAACGCCUGUCAGCGGGUGCUGGCGCAGCUGGGGUACAAGCUGGCCACCUCCGAGGAGGAACUCAAGAACCCCUCCAUCAGCCUGGUGGAGGAGCGGGACUUCCGCCCUUUCUCGUGACCAGGGCGCUGGGGUGGGGGUGACGGGUACAUGGUGUCGAUUUUGAUAAAAGGGACCGUUUUUAACUGUUGCCUUAUCUCCCCCCCUCCCCC